AUGGCUACCAUCAGCUCGCAGACAUACUCGCCCACGGAGGAGGCUGAGAUUCAGCAAUGGCUCACCACUGCCGAUCGCCUCAAGGCCGGCGACGAGAAAUCGUCCAUCCUCGAGACGCUCAACGCCCACCUCGCCAGCCGCACCACCCUUCUUGGCACCAAGCCAAGCAAGGCCGACGUGGCCAUCUUCGAGACCUUGUCGCCCGUCGUCGCCAAGUGGACCCCGGACGAGCGCACCGGCGAGAAGGGCCUUCCGCACAUCGUUCGCCACCUUGACUUUGUCCAGAACUCGCCCCAGUUCGGCCUUGCGCUCAAGGACGACCAGAAGUUCACCGUCGAUCAGGAUGACGUCCGUUAUGUGAAGCCGCCCGUUGAUGCCAAGGCCGAGAAGGAACGCCUGAAGAAGGAGAAGGCUGCUGCCGCCGCCGCCGCCGCUGGUGGCAACAAGGACACCACUCUCGUUGACCGCACCAAGGAACCAGCCAAGGAGAAGGUGGCAGAGUCCAAGGGUGCCGCCGCCGCGGCCCCUCCUGCUGGCGACAGGCCCAAGAAAGAGAAGAAGGAAAAGGCACCCAAGGCGCCCAAGGCGCCCGCCGUUGUGGCCCCUCCGACGCCGGCCCUGAUCGAUCUCCGUGUCGGCCAUAUCCUCAAGGCCAUCAACCAUCCCGAUGCCGACUCGCUCUACGUUUCCACCAUCGCCAUGGGCGACCAGCCGAGUGACGAUACCACCGAGUACGAGGGCCAAGUUUGUCGCACAGUCUGCUCCGGCCUCAACGGCCUCAUCCCGCUUGCCGAGAUGCAGGGUCGCAAGGUCGUCGUCGUCUGCAACCUCAAGCCCGUCAAGAUGCGCGGCAUCAAGUCCAGCGCCAUGGUCCUCGCCGCCUCCCCCCGUCUCAAGGAGGGCGAGGUCGACGACCACAGCGGCCCGGUCGAGCUCGUCAGCCCGCCCGAGAAUGCCAAGGCCGGCGACCGCGUCUUUUUCGACGGCUGGAAAGGCGAACCGGAGGGCCAGCUGAACCCCAAGAAGAAGAUUUGGGAGAUGUUCCAGCCGGGCUUCACCACCACCGAUGGCCUCGAGGUUGCCUUUGAUGCCGCCGCCGUGGAACAGCUUGGCAAGGCGACGGUCGGCAAGCUCAUCACCGAGAGCGGGGGCGUGUGCACCGUCAAGACGCUCAAAGGCGCUACCGUGAGGUAA